GCUUUAGGUCACCGAAACACAAGUCCCAACGAUUAAUCCACAAAGUAUCUGCUUAGAAACCACAGAGUGUUCCUUACAAGUAGUAUUGUCAUGUCUCGGUUGUUGCAUUUGUCUCUGAAUCGCGUUUGCCGAAAGUGCAGUGAAUGUCCACAGAAAUAUCGCUCUUACUCGUCUUUGUUUACCGCUCGAGUGAAGUACGGCAACGUCAAUCAUCAGCUGUCUUUACAAACAUUUAUACAGAGAUCUUUUUCAGAAUCCAAACGUUUAGGCGAUUUCCAGUUCCCAGGCGGGCGGUCGAAAUUUUGGGUUUUGGGGCUGGGGGCUGGCUGUGUUUUAGCGCUGGGGCUGAAAUACCACAUUUGUGUAUCUGACCCUUGUCACUGUGAUGCCUCUGAAAAAACAAGCGAACCUCGGACUGCCUCAAAGUAUGGAGCGGCCAUAGAAAUUAGUCGAGACUUGGUACGCCGGAUUAAGGUACAGGAUGAAGUGGGCUCCCCAGGAGUGGUCGUCGGGGUCUCAGUAGAUGGCACCCAGGUGUGGUGUGAGGGACUUGGUUAUGCAGAUUUGGAGAACAGAGUGCCUUGUGGACCAGAGACGGUAAUGCGGAUCGCUAGCAUCAGUAAGCCCCUCACUGCCACAGCUGUAGCCCAGCUCUGGGAAGAUGGGAAGCUUGACCUUGAUGCGCCUGUCCAGAAAUACGUCCCAGAGUUCCCAGAGAAACAGUUUGAGGGAGAAAACGUCACCAUAACCCCACGAAUGCUCCUCUCUCAUCUGAGCGGCAUACGUCACUAUGAAAAGGACCCAAAGAAAGUGAGGGAGGAAAAAGAGAAGGCAAAGCGCCUUUUGAAGCCUCCAGAGAAGAAAGAGGAGAAGAAUACUGUUGACAACAAAGCCAAACCCAAAGAAGAAGAGAACGGUGCCAAAACCAAAGAAUCCAAAGCAAGUCAUAGGAAGAAAGAGUUUGAACAAGAGGAAUACUACCUCAAAAACAACUUUGAGAAUGUGAUCCAGGCUUUGGACCUUUUUAAGGAUGAUCCGCUCAUUUUCAAACCUGGCACCACCUUCUUGUACUCCACCCAUGCCUACACCCUCCUGAGCGCUGUGGUGGAGAGAGCUGCAGGUCAGAGGUUUCUGGACGUCAUGCAGAAGUUGUUUCGGGAACUGGGUAUGCUCAACACUGUACCAGACGAGAACGACCCCAUUAUUUAUAAUCGAUCAAGGUUUUAUCAUUUCAAUAAGAAGGGGCGCAUAGUAAAUUGCCCUUACGUGGAUAACUCCUACAAAUGGGCCGGAGGAGGUUUCCUAUCGACAGUGGGGGACCUGCUGAAGUUCGGAAACGCUCUGCUCUACAGUUAUCAGGUGGCCAGCCUCAAGGACCCCGCGGGGCUGCUGCCAGGUAUCCUUAAACCCCAAACGGCCAAAAACCUGUGGUCUCCCGUGGACAGGACGGAGGCCUCGUGGGACAAAGACGGACAGUACACUCAAGGCUGGCUGGUGGUGGAGAAACAGCAGAAAUACGGCCAGUGCCGCAGUCGCAGGCAUUAUGUCUCACACACAGGGGGCGCCGUGGGGGCAAGCAGCGUGCUCCUCGUGCUGCCCAGCGACGGUCCCCAUCCUCAGUGCCACACGCUGUGCCCGCCUCAGGGAGUGGUGGUCGCCAUCAUCACCAACAUGCAGUCUGUGGGGCUUAAUACCACCGCCCUGAAGAUUGCUCAGGAGUUUGAUAAGGCCAGGGAAAAGUGAGAUGAAAAUGUCAAAUAGUGACGUCUAGACUUUUUUGAAGGGUCCUUCCCCUUACAAACACCUACAUAAGCCCUGCAGAAGCACUACAUACAGGGUCAUACAUGUUUAUCCUAGCAAAUGCAAUAGUAUUGUGAGCAGCUAUAUCUGAUCAGUCUUUCACCUGUCUAUGGUGAUUGAUACACACAUAUACAAAUGUGUUUGGUGCUCAUGAAAGACGGUAUGGUUUAUUUCAGGUGUUAUGUUCUUCCUUUAUAUGAACCUUAUGUGUGAGGAAGUGUGGACCUAAACUUGACAUAUGCCAAGCAGUCAUGCACAUGUUCUACUCUGUCGUCACUGGCAGAUUGGUGUUGUUAUUUGUGUAUCUCAAGGCUGUCAUGAACAUCAUAAAAUAUGCACUGUGUUUUUAAUUGCACUGUAGUAAAAACAUUGCUUUUAUUUGUCUGA